AUGGUGGGGGCACAACUUAGAAAAUAUUACGCUCAAAAGGGGCCAGAAGGAAUUCCUGUUGAUGCGUUUGCUCUCUGGAAUCUGAUUAGAGAUACCCUUGACCCCCAACCAGAGGAAAUGAAGGCAACUUCCCCUGGAGAGCCUUCUCCUGGAGAGCCAGCUCCAUCCCGAUCCUUAGCUUCCGCCCCGCCGAUAAAAAAUGACAAUGGCAAUAUUUUAUCACCCCCAGAUCAGGAAGGACUAGACGAGGCGGCUGCCACUUAUCAUAAUGAUGAACCUUGGGGCUUUCCUGUGAAAGUUUGCCCCAAAAGACCCCCUCCUCAACUUCCACAAAAACCACCUGAGUACUUGGCUCGACCUCUCCCCCCUCCUCCUUCUUUUGAGAAACUUGUCCCAUCCUCUAGAGUAAGAGCUGCUUUGAGGGAGGCUGCGUUAGACGGAGACUUAAAUUUCUCACUGGCGUGUCCGGUUGAGAUCGGAGAAUUUGAUGAGGAUAUUUACUGGGAGCCUCUUCCUUAUAAACUACUGAAAGAAUUAAAGAUGGCUUGCACUGAGUACGGGUCUCAGGCUCCCUACACCACAGCUCUAAUGGAGGUCAUAGCUAGCAAGUGGAUGAUUCCAUACGAUUGGACCCAAGUGGCAAAGACCUGUCUUGCUGGGGGACAGUAUCUUCUUUGGAAAGCUGAAUACGAGGACUUGGUCCGUCGUCAAGUCAGCCUUAAUAAAAAAUUUAAGAAGGAGGAGAUUACUAUGGACAUGUUGUUAGGAGAGGGAGACUAUGUUACUACCAACAAACAAAUGCUUAUGGGAAAAGAGGCCCUAUUGCAAGUAAGAUCAUGUGCAAUAAAAGCGUGGAAUUCCCUGCCAACCAAUGCCAAGAAGGCCACCACUUUGAGCGAAAUAAGACAGGGGCCUCAGGAGUCAUAUGAGGAUUUUGUGGCUAGACUUUUACAGGCUGUUAAGCGUGUGAUCACUAAUGAGGAAGCUGCUAAUAUAUUGACUAAACAGCUAGCCUUUGAGAAUGCUAAUGCUCCUUGCCAAACACUGUUGCGACCAAUUCGAAAGUUUGGGUCACUAACAGACUACAUUAAACAAUGUGCUGACUUUACGCCAGCCUUCAUGCAAGGAGUUGCCAUGGCAGCCGCCUUAAAAGGGGAAAGCCCUCUUUAUUGUAUGCAAACUAUGACUAAGAAAGGAAAUAGAGCUGUGAGAGUAGAUGGUGAAAAUGCCUGCUUUUCUUGUGGACAACAGGGACACUUUAGUAGACAAUGCCCCAAUAAAGCCCCAAGGCAAGCUAGACAGCCAACACCUCAGAUUUUCCAAAAAGUUCAGCCACAAGAUAUGAAAGGAGCUCCAAAGUCCUUAUGUCCUCGUUGUCAAAAGGGUUUUCAUUGGGCUAAAGAGUGCAGAUCUAAGUUUCAUAAGGACGGUCAGUUUCUGGGAUCGCCUCAAGUAACAUUACUGACGCCGAGCUCACGAUGCCUCGGGCCGAUCCCCGCAGCUAAUCCUCCGGUUCAGGGAAACGGGCAGCGGGGCCUCCCCCAGGCCCCGACAAUAAUGGGGGCCAGCACUCUGAACACUUCAAUUCCCUUCGUCCCGUCUCAAGCCUCCUUCGAGCCACUCCAGGGAGUGCAGGACUGGACCUCUGUUCCUCCACCACAACAAUACUAA